AUGGCAAACUCGCCUCAUAAGACACCCCCAACUGCCCGCCUCACCGUCUCUUCCCUCCUCUCCCCCCCAGAGAUGAAGCGAUCAGAGUCGUUUGGCUCGUCAAUUGCCUCUGCCUCUACUCAAUCGCCAUCCACCUCCUUCAAUUCAGUCCAAUUGAAGCCCAUGACAAACGCCUCCCUCAGCGCCUGCCAGGCAGCAACUCACCGCAUCGCCUACGUCUCCCCCCCAAUCUCGCCAUACGACUCCCACUCCCAAAAGGACACCAUGGACACUGUCGCAGAAGCCGGCACACGCGACCCUCAGCUCUUUGUCGCCCAGGACGCCGCCCUCUCCGUCGCCGACAUACCGCUCUUCCCCCAGGACUCAGCUGCCUCUUCAGCAGACUCAGCCUCGCAAGACGCCAUCACCCACCACAUGCAGUCGCACGACUACGCACGCCUGCACUCCAAGCCCUCGCGCGCCGACUACGAAUUGGCGGUUUCAUUCCGCUCAAACGUCUUUGCCUCGGCCACCAAGAACCCCCGACACUGGUGGGCUCAGGAGCGUCGUUUCGACGACUACUACGGUCGCCCGACCGGUGUCCAAAAGCGCACCGCCCUCAAGAAGCUUGCUCCCGCACCAUCCGUUAGAGCCCGCCAGCCAAAGGUCGCUCUUCCCCGGAUACCUCCCCGUACUCCUCGCGCUCCAAAGGCCAAGCGCAGCCCCCUUGCACAGGUCUACGAGUCAUUUGACCCUGCACCAAAGCCCACCGCAUCGGUCUCGGUCUCUCCCAAACCUGCGCGACCAGCCACGAAUCGUGACGACUCGGACUACAAUGCCAUCCCCGACUACUCGCCACCUCUCGACACGCUGCCCAAGGGCAACUCCAAGAUUCUCAAGGCCGAGUGGAAGGGCCAGGCCCUCUCGCUCGCCGACGAUCCCGAUCGCGACCUGCUGCACGAGGCUGAACUCAACCUUGCAGGCACCCUGCGCCUCAACUGUGCCACCUACUUGACCAGCAAGCGUCGCAUCUUUCAAGCUCGCAUUGAAGCAUUGAGAAUUGGCAAAGAGUUCCGCAAGACCGACGCCCAGCAGGCCUGCAAAAUUGAUGUCAACAAGGCCAGUAAACUGUGGCAGUCGUACGACCGCGUCGGCUGGUUUAACCCAGACUACUUUCGUCAAUACCUUUAA